AUGGCACCAACUUUCUCUCCUCUAGAUGCCUCUUCCUAUCAACACCCGGACCGAAAUGGACCUUAUGGGCCACUUCGGGAAGCAACAGUUCUCGCAAUGUUGGAACAGGGAAUCGAAUAUAACGCCCUAAGCGAGAAUCCCAUCUCCUGGGCUGAUGACCAGGACCCGUUCGGACAUGUCAUGGCCCAGGCUUAUGUGCAUUACGCCGGCAACUGCUUCGUUCGCCUACUUGAGUCCUUCCAAGAUCUUCUCAAAGAUGAAUUCUCAAAGUUCAUGUCGGGCCGUGCAAUCGGUCCUAUGACAAACCAAUACACGGUGAAAAUCAAAAGGGUUGUCAAAUAUCCUGACCUGCUCAUCGCCGGUGUUCGCAUUUCAGAUGUGCACUCGGACAGGAUUCAAGUUGUUUAUUGCAUCUGGUCCGUGACUCAGAACGCACUGGUUGCUGAGUUACAUACCUGGAUUGUGUUUUUCGACCACGGACAAAAGCGACGCGUCAAUCUCGCAGAGGAAGGUGGUGUGUACCAGUCUCUGCAUGCUUCUUUAACAGAGCGUGUGGUGAAGUCGCGCCGUACCCUCAAGGCAUGGGAGGAAAAGCAGGCGCAAAAGGCUGAUGCCAAUAUGGCGAAGCUUUGA